UUCAUAGCAAGUUACCUGAAACACCGGCAGUCGCGUGCCGGCCGCCAAUCAGGGCAGACGUUUUACAUUUUUCUUUUAAUUAAUAGUGUGCAGAGAAAAGCAAUGGCAAUACUGCUUCUGACAACGGUGAUCGCCGUGAUAGCCCUAUCAUCGAGUAGCAUAGUGAAAUCGCCAAGUAACGAUGGCACAUUCGAACUCUUGAUACUUCACAACAAUGACAUGCACGCUCGCUUUGAGCAGACUUCACAGUUGAGUGGAGCCUGUACUACUGCUGAUAGAGAUGCUGGGAAGUGCUAUGGAGGGUUCCCUAGGGUUGCCCAUGUUGUGAAAGAGGCUCGUAAGGCUGCUGAAUCUGGUGAAGGUCCACCUGUCCUGUACCUCAAUGCUGGAGACACUUACACAGGCACCGCCUGGUUUACCAUUUACAAGUGGAAGAUAGCCGCUGAGUUCCUUAAUGCUUUGCAACCUGACGCUGUUUCGCUGGGAAAUCACGAAUUUGAUGAAGCUGUGGCUGGAUUGGUACCGUUCAUUAAAAACUUAACAUCGCCCGUUUUAGCUGCAAACUUACUGUUAGAUAAUGUGCCAGAACUAAAAGAAGAAACUAAUUUAUAUAAAUCUAUUAUACUGAAUAAAAAAGGCGUCAAUAUUGGUAUUGUUGGAUAUCUUACGCCAGAAACAAAGUUUCUAGCACCAAAAACUAAAGUUGAUUAUGAAGAUGAAAUACCGUCAGUACGAAGGGAAGUUAAGAAAUUAAAACAAAACGGAAUUGAUAUUAUUAUCGCUUUGGGGCACUCUGGCUUUAUCAAAGACUUGGAAAUAGCUACUGAAGUUGAAGAUAUUGAUCUAGUAAUAGGUGGACACUCGAAUACGUUUUUAUCAAAUGUUAAUACCACAGAAAUUCCUGAAUUUGUACAAGGUCCAUACCCAACAAUGGUUAUGCAAAAAUCAGGGAGAAAGGUGCUUGUGGUGCAAGCAUACGCUUACACAAAAUAUAUGGGUAGUUUGUUUUUAAAAUUUAAUGCGAAUGGAGAUAUUAUAGACUUCGAUGGCAAACCCAUUCUAUUGAACGAAGGAAUUCCACAAGAUCCUGAAGUUUUACAGAUAGUCGACAAAUAUCAUACUGAUAUUGAUCGCAUUAAUAAUGAAAUUGUAGGAACCUCCAUGGCGUUCUUACAAGGAGACACUUGCAGAUUGUAUGAGUGCAACUUAGGAGAUUUUAUCUGUGAUACUAUGCUAAAUUAUACAAAAAGGCAUUAUAUGGAAUUUUCACAAGUAAAUAUUGCAAUAGUUCAAGGAGGAAGAAUCAGAACGUCUCUAGAUCAACCUAAGAAACCCUACAAUCUCACAAGAGGAGAUUGGAUAACCGUAAUACCGUUUUCAGAUACACUUUGUAUUGUUAAAAUGAAUGGAAGCGUAUUGUUGGAAGCACUAGAACAUUCCGUUGACUUAUGGAGAAAAAUUGAUACACCAGGACAAUUUUUACAAAUGUCUGGAAUGGAAGUCACCUAUGAUUUAGAAAAAAUACCGGGUCAUAGAGUUAUUUAUGCAAAAGCUAUGUGUAUUGGAUGUAGUAAAUUAAUAGAUGUACGUAAUGAUUUAAAAUACAAUAUUCUUAUGUCAGCAUUUUUAGCUGAUGGCGGAGACGGCUAUUCUAUGUUCGAGAAUUUGGAGAAAGAAUUUGUUUCCUUCAAUGAAAUUACUUGCGUUUUGGAUUACUUGGGUAUUUACAACCCUAUAAAUCCACAAGUAGAUAAACGCAUAACAAUAUUAAAUGAAGAUAAGGUUCAAGAUUUUGUAAAUGAUGUAUCCAUAAUUGACAAAUUCUCUCCAUCGAGUGGGAAGGCAAUUUAUCUAGACUCUUUAUCAAUUGUAAUGUUAUUUGUUAGGGUUACUAUGUUUCUAUUUUAAAGAAGUGAAACUUAGGCAAAAAUAGAUAAAUUUAAACAAUUUCUAGGACUACAAAUGCGUAAAAUGAAACAUGACACUUUCAUAUAUUAUUAUUUAAUACAAUUGAGUAAUUUUUAGUAAGUAACGAUAUAACAAUGAUUUAUCACUCUUAUUGUAUUAUAAGCUCAAAAACUGUAAACCUACUUGUGAGGAAGGAUGACUCCCAAAGUAUUUAUCUCCUGUCCCGCCGUUGUCUAGAUUACAGCUGUUAUUAGAUUAUAGACUAAACAUACGUAGAUACCUAAACUUUAUGUCGCAGAUGGCGUUAGUUUGGUUUACUGUUUUAGCUCUACUGGUUACAAGUGUACGUAACCUCGCAAAGUACAUGAUUUUUAAAUACUCAAUUUAAACUGAUAUCUGUGUAAAAUAUUGAAACAAAAUCUAUAUUAAGUUUACAUUGUGAAAAGUUAACAUUCGUAAAACGAAAUAUAAAUACAUUGUGACUUAAGUUUUAUAACAUUUUACUUGUCUCUGGUUCAAUUCUCAAUACAUCUCUUGAUCACCUCCUACUGCUUAGUUUCUAAACCUAACCAAAUAAUCGUCUCCAUAUAAUUUAGUUAUUAGUAAGUUUUAUUUAAAAAAUAAUUAUAGUAUUUCUCAACUUAAUAAAAGUAAUAGAUUAAAUAAAUCCAAAGUUAAAAGUUAUUUAAGCUAGGAGAAAAGUUAUAAUGUAGUUUCUAUUAAACGAUAAUAAU